AUGGCCGCCCCCGCAACGACGACCUCCCUGCUGAGCACGCUGCUGCAGCUGCCGCCGCUCGCGCCCUUCUCGGGGAAGAGCUCGCCGCCGUCCGUGGUGCACGUGGCGCGCCGGGCGCCGACGGCGGUGGUGGCCGCCAAGGGGUACAAUGUGCAGAUCCUGGUGGACGAGAACGAGGGGGAGGAGUCCAUCUUCCGUCGGUUCCGGCGGGAGGUGAUGCGCGCCGGCGUGCUGCAGGAGAUCAAGCGCCGUCGGAGGUACGAGAGCAAGACGGACGAGAAGAAGCGCAAGGCGCGCGAGGCCGGACGCCGCAACCGCCGCAGGCGCAUGAUGGAUGAGCCGAGGUUCCCAGAAGAAGACGCUGACGCGACCUCAAAGGCUCGGGACGACGACGAUGACAACUGGGAGAUCGAUGGCAUCCUGUGA